CACAACCCAACCUCACGCCUGUUUUCUUGCUCAUUGACCCGUUAACGAACUCUCUCCCCAAAACCAAACCUCCAAUCCCUUCAGAAUGGAAAACGACAAGGGCAAGCUCUCUCCCUCCCUUAAAACAAAUCUUCCUUCACCUAGCUCAAUCAACUGACCAACCAAUGAGUUUACUAACACAAUAUACAGGAGAAGUUGUCGACCUCUAUGUCCCCCGCAAGUGCAGCGCCACAAACCGCAUCAUCAAGGCGAAGGACCAUGCAUCCGUGCAGAUCUCGGUCGGAAAGGUGGAUGAGUCCGGCCGCUACAUACAUGGCGAGAACAUUACCUACGCGCUCUCCGGAUUCGUCAGGAGCAUGGGCGAGAGCGAUGAUGCGCUCAACAGGCUUGCCCAGAGGGAUGGGCUGCUAAAGAAUGUCUGGUCGGCGUCUCGUCAACGUUAGCGUGGUUGUUGUUCUUCAUGGGAUACUAACACAGUACUGGGAAUUUUUCGAUCAAACAAACAAAACAUUAAUAAAGGGAUUUCCUCGCCAAA